AUGCGCAGUAGUUACUCCGCUCUAGAGGGAGACAUGGCGACGUCCCUGAUCUGUGGCCGCUUGACGGCCAGCCUGAGAAAUUCAGGGGCCAGGAACACGAUCAGCUCCGCUUCCAAGGUUCUCGGUGGUCCUUCAGGUCUGUUUGGAGGCCAUGUGUCUCAGCCACAGCCCCCCCACCUGCAGCAGCAGCAGAGGAACCUCUCCCUACACGAGUACAUGAGCAUCGGGCUGCUGAAAGAAGCCGGCAUCUCUGUGCCCGCUGGCAUGGUGGCCAGCUCCUCGGAGGAGGCCUACACCGUGGCCAAGCAGAUCGGUUCGAAGGACCUGGUGGUGAAAGCUCAGGUGCUGGCCGGUGGCAGAGGGAAGGGGACGUUCGAGGGUGGACUGAAGGGAGGAGUGAGGAUCGUCUACUCUCCAGAGGAGGCCCGUGACAUUUCCUCCCAGAUGAUUGGUCGAAAGCUGUACACCAAGCAGACCGGGGAGGCGGGUCGUAUCUGCAACCAGGUGUUCAUCUGCGAGCGCAGGUAUCCGCGCAGAGAGUACUACUUCGCCAUCACCAUGGAGAGGUCCUACCAGGGCCCUGUCCUGAUUGGCAGCUCGCAAGGGGGCGUGAACAUUGAAGAUGUUGCAGCAGAAAAUCCAGACGCCAUUGUGAAGGAACCCAUUGACAUUGUGGAGGGCAUUAAGAUGGAGCAGGCUAUCAAGGUGGCUCAGAAGAUGGGCUUCCCCCCGGCACUGGUGAACGAGGCGGCGGAGAACAUGGUCAAACUCUACAACCUGUUUAUCAAAUACGACGCCUCCAUGGUCGAGAUCAACCCCAUGGUGGAGGACUCCUCUGGCAUCGUGAUGUGCAUGGACGCCAAGAUCAACUUUGACUCCAACGCUGCGUACCGCCAGAAGAAGGUGUUCGACAUGCAGGACUGGACCCAGGAGGACCCUCGAGAUCGGCAGGCCGCCAAGGCCGACCUCAACUACAUCGGCCUGGAUGGAACCAUCGGCUGCUUGGUAAACGGAGCAGGUCUGGCCAUGGCCACCAUGGACAUCAUCAAGCUCCAUGGCGGCACGCCCGCCAACUUCCUGGAUGUGGGAGGAGGAGCCACAGCUCAUCAGGUGACCGAGGCUUUCAAGCUCAUCACCUCUGACAGGAAGGUUCAGGCCAUCCUAGUCAACAUCUUCGGAGGCAUCAUGAGGUGUGACGUGAUCGCCCAGGGCAUCAUCAUGGCUGUGAGGGACCUGGACCUCAAGAUCCCCAUCGUAGUGCGGUUACAAGGGACGAGAGUGGACGACGCUAAAGCUCUGAUCGCUGCCAGUCCACUGAAAAUCCUGGCCUGUGACGACCUGGAUGAAGCUGCCAAAAUGGUUGUAAAGCUUUCUGAAAUCGUCUCACUGGCUAAGGAAGCUCAAGUGGACAUCACCUUCCAGCUGCCCAUCUAAGAAGCCUGGACCUUUGGCCUCCUUGACCCCCCCCCCCCCCCACCCCCCACCCCCCCGUCACCACCCUGGACACACCCAUAGCGGCCCACCACUCCUCCCCCAAAAGCCACAACCAGAUGAUCCUCUCACGCCUGAGUGGGGACGACCUGAGACAAGUUUAGUUUUGUGUUUCUGACUCUGUGGUAUGAUGGUACGACUGUACACACGUCCAGCGACACCAGGAGAGCCGUCUCCUUUUAACCUGUCUCAACCCUACGUGUCCCCCCCACCUGUCCUCUGACUUCAGUUGCACUUGAGUUGAUACGCACAAAUCUCUACACUCACCCCCCGCACCCUCACCUUCUCCACUCACCCCCACAGUGUGAGGGACACUCCAGUCCAUUUACUUGGUACUUGUUGGGAAAAAUAAAAGCAGAGCAUCUGAAGCGUUCUUCUGUUUGAUUUCAGAGUCAGUGAGUGAAGAAGCUGCUUUCACUCACAUUAUUUGGUGGGUUGAGUUGUGAGACAGGAGCCAGAGCAGCUGCAGAAAGCUGGCGUCACAGAGAGAGGGUAGUAAAACACGGCUGGAAAGGCCUGAGGAGGAAGGACAGUGAUCCCAUCAGCUUCAUAAACACACACACGUAGUGCUGCAUGAAUGUGCUGUCUCUAAACACGAAUGUAACAGAAUAAAGAACUGACUCGUUCCCUUCACGUACGAAUUGUCAAAGUAUUUCAUCAAACAGCUGAAGUCCUGCAGACACACAGUAAAACUCGUGUGACGUCAGCUCGGUCACACGGCCUCAGUUUUAAAACCCCACCACAGCAGCUCAGACAGAAGCUGCUGUGGUUCUACUGUAUCGGCCUUUGUGGGACGUUCGGCUGCUUCAGGGUUGAACAGGGACUUUUACAGCCGCUGCGUGUUCAGUCUGCCAUCAUGCCACAAUAUGGCAGCCAUUUUCUCUCAGCUGGUUUUUUUUUUUUUGCGCGUGUGUGUAACAUCAGAGUCGAGGCGGGCAGCGUCUUCUCAGCAGAAAGGUAAAAUGACUGUAGCUGUUUCUUUUCUCUCCCUUUUCCGCGUCCUCUUCCUCCUCCUCCUCUUCCUCCAGUGCUCCAAACACAAGCCGACAUUGUGAGUUGUACGUCAUUUAUUAUAUCUUGUAAAUAACCAAACUGAUGUUCUCGCUCUGUAAAAUAUUUAUGCUCCUCAUGGAGAAUGAGAAAGGAAGAAAAAAUAAAUACAGAGGACACCAA